UCGCGCGCGCGCCGCGGCCGCGUCCUUCCUGUGCGACCUGCGCCCGAGUGUCGGCCAUGGCGGCCGCGCUGCUGCUGCUGCUGCGGCGGGGGCGGGCCGGGCCGCUGCAGACUGUGCUCCUAGAAGCAGGAGUGUUUCGAGGACUUGCUUCUACAGUUUCUCUUUCUGCAGAAUCAGGGAAGAAUGAAAAGGGAUUGCCACCGAAUCGCAAGGCGCAAAGUCCACCAAAACAUGUAGUGGAACCAAAGGAGAGGGGCAAGCAGCUAGCCACCCCACCAGCAGAUGAAUUGUCUAAAAACUUACCUUCACCCACUUCUUCCCCGUCAGUUGUGAGCCAGGGCAGGACCCUAGCUGGCCCUAACCCCGAUGCCGGCGUGCUGCUCCCGGACAAAGGGCUUCUGAAGUUUUCACCAAGAAAGACUUUGGUAGAGUUUCCUCAGAAAGUUGUGUCUCCAUUCAGAAAACAGGGUUCCGAUUCCGAAGCAGCCCAGGAGAGCGGGAGAGGGGCGGAUGAUUCAUCAUCACCUUCAUCUUCGUCCAGCUCCUCUGAUUCGGAGUCUGACGAGGAGGGUGACCGCUCAGAAGCGGGUCCUCAGGUGAAGAGCAAGCGCAGAGGAGGGCUUCCUGUGGCAGAGGCCUCUCAUUCCUCUGCAGGCAGGGCCCCCCAGACUGAAGUCUCUGCAGAAGAGAAGCCUGCGUCACAGCAGCCGCAUCCAGACCUCGCCUCUCCAGAGAGGCCCCGCCAGGCAAAGAGGAAAGGGGCCUCCAGUCCGCCACUGGAGGACAGGAGAGACCUCAGACCACAAACCGCAGCACCCACGUCACGCGCAGCCCGAGAGUUCAUGAAGCAAAACAUGAAGGAGAAACAAUCGCAGAAAAUACCUAGAUCAGAUGAAGCAGGUGAAGAAAGCCAGAAGCCACCUGAAGUUAAAACAGCCUUGUCUGACCGUACAGAAUCAGGGCUAGCCACACAGGCACACGGCAGCCCCAUGCCCACUGCGGCAGCAGAAACCCGAGCGGGAAGACGGCUGCCAGCGGCUCCUGAGGCCAGCAAAAGGCUUAAGGAACAGCAAGCACCGCAGCCUGAUGGGGAGGUGGCUCUUCCCCUGUCCAGAAAAGAAAAUUUGGGAAAGCAAGUAGCAGAAGGAGUCUUAGAGGUGAAGACGGAGAUUUUGGAAGCUCAGUUACCAAUGAAACAUGUAAAGCCAGGCCCUGUUCCCAGUAAAGACGUUUCUGAUGAGAAGACAGCGGUACCAAAGCUUGAGGAAAAGGGCGGAAUCGUCGAAGCCUCAGCAACUCGGAUGGACGACACACAGGAGCCUGCGCCAGCCGAGCCGUUUGACAACAGCACCUACAAGAACCUCCAGCACCAUGACUACAGCACGUACACCUUCUUAGACCUAAACCUGGAGCUCUCGAAGUUCAGGAUGCCUCAGCCCUCUUCAGGACGAGAGUCUCCUCGCCACUGAAAGUUCAGUUUAAAGAUUAACCUUUCGGUGUCUGUGCAUUCUCACCUGCGAAAUAAAGUCCGUUCCACGGUCUUGA